GUCGACUGAAAAUGACGUUGCCAUUCAAACCUUGCAUCACGUUGUGCAUGCCUUGAACUUGAGCUGAUGUAGCAGCAUUAAUUGAGGAUGGCCUUGAACAAGGUGUGCUUGCUGCGCCCAGCCCUGAGUCAGGCUGUGACUGCACAGCUGAGACCCCGUCUGGGGCUGGUUUCAUCCCGCAUCCCCCAUCAUCUCCUCCAGCAGAGCCCCAGCACAUGUCCUCCUGCUCCACCGCAAGUCUGCUUUUACGCCACCAAGAAAAGCAAAGUGAAAGCGAAGGCUCAGGCGUCCAAGGUGAGCAUCAAGGCAUCUCUGGUGGAGGACAUCAUCAGCCUGGAGGAGGUGCAGGGGGACAUGGCCUCCGUGCUGGACUCCCUCAAAGACGACUUUAGCAGAAACCUCAACAUCAGGACCGCUCCAGGUGCGUUGGACCACAUCACAGUCUCUACGGCGGACGGCAAGUUCCCCCUCAAUCAGCUGGGCCAGAUCUCCAUGAAGUCUCCCCAGCUCAUCAUAGUCAACAUGACCAGCUCCCCAGAGGCUACAGCGGCUGCCACCCGUGCCCUGCGAGAGAGCAGCAUGAAACUCAAUCCAGAGGUGGAGGGCACCAUCAUCCGAGUCCCAGUUCCCAAGGUGACCAGGGAACACAGGGAAAAUCUGGCCAAGCUGGCCAAGCAGUUCAGCAAUAAGGCCAAAGAGUCGCUCAGGAGGGUUCGAGCCAACGCAGUCAACCAGCUGAAGAAGUCCAAAGAAGGCACCUCGGAGGACACAGUUCGGCUAAUAGAGAAACAGAUUCAACAAAUGAUGGACAACCACAUUGCUGACAUUGACAAACAGCUGACUGUGAAGACGAAGGAGCUGCUGGGCUGAGGAGAGGACAGGAAGGAGAUAGUACAUCAUCCUCAUGAGCAUCACCCAGCAAAGACAGACAGACAGACAGACAGCCCACAGGUCACCAUGUCUGGGACACAAUAUGAUACCAUGCCAGUAUGGGAGUGUGGUGGGGUGGGGUGGGGUAAAGAGAAGCGCCAAUGGACAUGACACACACGCACACGCACACGCACACGCACACACACACACACACACACACACACACACACACACACACACACACAGAUACAGAUGCGCGCACACACACACAGAUACAGAUACAGAUGCACACACUCCCACAAAGACACAAACAGACACAAGCCACCACAGACACACAAUCAAAGAGACAGACACAUACACGCACAUACAAUCGAAGAGACAGACACAUACACGCACAUACAAUCGAAGAGACAGACACAUACAUGCGCACACAAACUGGCACAGACCCACACACACAAACGCACACACAUGCAAUAAAAAAGGACUCUGUGAUUGCGAUGAUGGAGGAACUGGGAGCCGAGAGGUGGCAUUUGGCGCGGUGCGAAAGUAUGCGUCUCCCAUGCGUAAACAAAUGUUGGCAUGGCGUGGCACGGCACCGGCUGCCGACUCCGCUCCUCCGCUCCGACCGUCAGUCCGUCCGCAAAGUCUUCAAACAAACCCCAGCGGAAGAGAAAAAAAUGGCCUUUUAAUGGGAUCGCGGGUCCUCCUCCUAAUCACGGGGCGGCCACAAAAGCACUUGUGUUUAUGUAAAAGGCAAAUGUGCUGGAUGUAAACUGUGUGGCUUCUGCAGGCCUGGGGGAGAGCCUCUCUCUCUCUUUCACGCACACACACACACACGCACACGCACACACACACACACACACGCACACAUACACACACACAC